CGUAAACACGUGUUUAUGGACCAAAGAACACCAAUACAAAGGUUAAUCGAAGAAUUACACACAGGAUCACCUGCUUAAUUGUUAGAAGUAGCAAAUCAAUGUGAAUAAUCACCAAACAUCUUAUUGACAAAAGCAAUCUUGUUAAUAAAUAAUAAGAAUUAUUAAGAAGCAUCAUUACUUUUAAAAGGACUUAAAGAUCAUUAAUAAUAUCCUUUUACAAGAUUGUACCUCUACUAUGCUGAAGGAUAAUAUCAACAGGUUGUAUCAGAAUGUAGAAAAAAUGUACCUGAAGAUCAACUUUUAAUGGGAUAAGCUUAUUUGAAGUUAGGAGAAUUUGAACAAGCUAUUUAAGUAUUUUAAAAAUUACUUAAAGAGGUAUCAAAAAUUAUCUAUUUUAAAGAAUAAAUUCCAAAAUGACUAACAAGAUAUUUUAACAAAUAUUGCGAAUGCAGCAAUUCAAUAAAAUGAUUAAAAUCAAAUGAAAUAAGUAAAUUAGUAGAUUCUUGAAUUCAUAAGAAAGAAUAAAAAUUAAUAUGCUAGAGAGUUGUUACUUAAUCAUGCACUGCUUAAUUUUUAAUUGAAUGAGUAAAUUUUAUAUUUAAUAUAAAACAUAGUCUGAAAACAGCUAAGGAACUUACAAUCAGAUUUGAAAACAUGGUCAAAGUAGAGAAUGAAUAAGAUGAAGAUUUAUUUUUAGCUCAAUUACUUUUAGAUGUUAUUAAUCCCGGAGAUUAUAAAAACAAAGUUAAACAGUAAUAUUAAUAUGUUAAUUUCUAGAUAUGAACUUUUAGAGAAGACAUCUGAGUAAGCAGUACUAUUAAAUAACUUGGCAGUAUUUUAAGAAUUUACUCAUCCACAUCAUGAUUCAUUAAAAAGAGUUGAAGAAGCAUUAUCAUUAGAUUAUAAAUUUACACCUCAAUAACUCCAUAUCUUAAAAAUUAAUAAAUCAAUUUUAUAAAUUAUUAAGAAUAGACCAACUAAAGAAUAAGGAUUACCUUUAUCUCUUUAGAUCGCUAUCAACAGAUUAAAAUGGGAAUAACCUAUUGAGGAUGUACAAUAAUAUCUUAUAUUUGCUACUAAUAAUGAUAAUACAAAUAAAGUAAUUGAAUUAUGUGAUGUAAAAAAUUGGAAUCAGAAUAAAGUGUUAAGUACUUUUAUUUUGGCUCAUAUUCUAAAAUUACCUGAUGAUACUCUAUAUUAAAAAUAAAUUUAAUUAAUUGCUUAAUAUCACAAGUCUUUAGUAUGCAAUUACUAUAUUAAACGAGGAAAUCUUGAUUAAGCUUUAUAAUACUAUACAGAUGAUUAAUAAAUCAAAAGUCAACUUGCUUUAUUAUGUAUUGAAAAAGGAUAAUUUGUCUAAGGAGCAAAAUUUGUAGAUUCUUUAUAAUUUGAUGGCAUAACUGAUAUGAAUGAGAUUGAAAACUUAGAAAAGAAUAUUGGUUUAUCAAAGAAAGUUGAAGUCUAAGUUAAAAAAAUUUAAAAGAAAAAGAAGAAGAGAAUUAGAUACCCAAAAAAUUUUGAUAAAACUAAUCCUGGCCCAUUACCAAAUCCAGAAAGAUGGCUACCUAAAUAUGAAAGAAAAGAAUGGAAAAAAAAGAAAUAAAUUCACAGUAGAACUCAAGGAGGUAAUGCAGGAAAUGAAACUGUAAACACUUUUAAAUCUAGUGGAGCUUCUACUGCAUAAGUUAGCGCUGCUUAGAGAAAAACAAAUAAAUAUAGAAAAUGA